AUGGCCAGUAAAACUAACGGUGUGGAGUCCGAAUGGGCUCGGGCUCCGCCGGCGCCACGGCCUUUAGGAGAAAGAAUUCUUAGGGCUGUAUACAAUCCUGACGAAAAAACAUUUUUAGGACGGACGCCGAAACGAUGGGGUGUGUUGUUCGCCUUCUACCUGGUGUUCUACGCGGCGCUGGCUGCCUUCUUCGCUAUCUGUAUGGCGGGCUUGUUCUCAACCUUGGACAACGAUAAGCCCAUGUACACCUUGGAGAGUUCGUUGAUCGGUGCCAACCCUGGUGUCAGCUACCGUCCCCGUCCUCGUGACGAGAUCACGGUCCAGUACGACGCUCAGAACUCCUCAGCAUAUGAAUACUACACCAGCGAGCUGGCUGAGUUGCUUGAACAGUAUAAAAACGAAUCGUGGGUAACUUCAAAGAAGGAAUGCACUUCUGAAGAUAAUUUUGGCUUCCCGCACUCACCGUGCCUCUUUAUCAAGUUGAAUAAAAUCUACGGUUGGAAGCCUCAGUACUACGAGAAUGAUUUCCCUGAGGACAUGUCCCCAGAUCUAGUUCAGUACAUCACGAUGCUACCGGAGGCUGAGCGUCAGCAGCUGUGGGUGUCAUGUUGGUUGGAGCACGACACAGGAGCUCGUCUGCAGUACCCGUGGGGUCGCGGGCUGGCGGGCAGGUUCUACCCUUACCUCAACCAGCAAGGGUACACACCACCACUCAUCGCACUUAAAGUCACACCUCCAGUAAACACUUUAAACAUAAUCCGAUGCCGCGUCUGGGCUAAGAACGUAAAAUACAACAAGAGUAUUAAGGAACCCAGGGGGUACGCCAGGAUACUGUUGCGGGUAGACGAUCCCUUAUACAACGGGACUGCUGCAGCGGAACGGAUUUCAGAGGACAGAUCUCAAGAUAACGACACAACUACUGCUGCAACCACCGAGAUCAAAUGA